AUGGCCGCUCAGGUUCAGCAGCUCCAGCAGAAGGCGGAAUACUUUGUCGCUCAGAUCGACAAGGAGCUCUCCAGGUACCCCGCCCUUAAGAAGUUCGAGCAGACCGUCCCCAUCCCCAAGGCGUACGCUGCCCUCGGUGGUUUCGGUAUCUUCACCCUCUUCGUCUUCUUCAACAUUGCCGCCGGCUUCUUGACCAACCUCAUCGGCUUCUUCAUCCCCGCCUACUUCUCGCUCAAGGCGCUCGAGAGCCCUCAGCCCCAGGACGACAUCCAGUGGCUCACCUACUGGGUCGUUUUCGGCAUGUUCACCUUCCUCGAGACCUUCUCCAGCAUCGUCCUCUACUACGUCCCCUGGUACUACACCAUCAAGACCCUCGCCAUUGUGUGGCUCAUGCUCCCCCAGACCCAGGGUGCCAAGAUGGUGUACAGCAAGGUCAUCCGCCCCGUCUUCCUCCAGACCCAGAAGGGCGUCCACCAGGCCAAUGCGAGCACCCCUGCCGCCCCCGCCGAGACUCACUAA